UAACUGGUUAGCUGUUGACCUGGGGGAGGGGGGUGAGGGGAGUCGCACCCUGAUAUUGAUUAUGUCAAGGGUUUAAUGGCUGCAAAUUGCUUAAAUUUUGGUUUCAAAUGCAUAUAAUGAUGUCCAUUUAGGUUAAUUUCUGCUAGAGCUGCUGUUCAUUUAACAUAUUUUCAAACGCCGAUGAUCCCUGUAAAGCUGCUUAUGAUGCACAGACACUCUGACGUGAGCUGUUACAAACCAAAAGCGCUAGGCUGGAUUCUGAGAAAUACUUGGCUUCCUGCAAAACCCUUCCAUCAACCAGGAACGAGUUUGUCUCCAUGUGGUUCAUCGGGAUCAUCUUCAAAAAAGUGGAGACCCCCGAGAGCGUGAACAUCGACCUAACGUACGAUAUCCAGGCCUUCACAGACACUGUGUACAGGCAGGCCAACAACAUCAACAUGCUGAAGGAAGGCAUGAAGAUUGAAGCAACUCAUGUGAAGAAAAAGCAGCUCCACCAGUAUCUUCCCCCAGAGGUCCUUCAGAAGAAGAAGAGGAGUUUGGCAGAUAUAAACCGCACCUCCAAUGGAGGGUCGAAACGCGCUUCGCUGGACGGGAGCCAGUUAGACAGCUCCAGAGACACGGACUGCGGCACGCCGUUCAGCUCCCCAACCCCUGUAAGCAAGCCAAGCAAGGCGGCCUCCGACAGCGAGGACAGAAUCUCGCCACCCAAGCCACAAGUACCUCUGUUUUGUGAAGUUUCUCCUGCAAAGGAGAUUUCCUCCCCAAGUCCAGAGCAAGGCAUGUCGAUCCCCGUGAUUGGAACAACUGGGAACUCCAUCCCCACGCUGUUGAGUCGGGGUGUCCCACACCAUACCUCGCCCACGACCAAGCCCGUCACGGUGAACGGUACAGGCGGCACCAGCUCUGCACCCAAGAGACCACACUCUCCGCCCCCAUCAGAGGAAUCUCCCAAGAGGCUUAGGGGCACAGACAAGGAUUCCUCUGACAGCUCGACAGCUCAGGACCCCUGUCCCCCUUCUGAAGAGAGGCUCGAGCAUAGGGACGGCCCCGUGCUGAAUCUUGAUGCCACAAAGCCCAUGCCUAUUCCAACCAUCGACACAUCGAGAACACAGAGACUCUCCAGCAAGGAGCUUCCAGAUGCCUCCUCUCCCCUCCCCACCAGUAACCUGCGCGUUGUCAAGAACUCGAUCAGACUCACCCUGAACCGAUAGCAGUCAGCCGGCGUGCUUGACACUCCUGCUCCGCCUCUGUCGUUUAAUUUCGAGAUGCUCCGGUGCUUUUCCGUUUUAAAACGCCGUUGACACCGAUCCACUGCCGACCUGACGGACCCUACAGUGAGACUGCGGUAAAUGUGAAAUGGACCAAGGCCCUGUGUGGGCACUCCAGACCCAGCGCCACCUGAAUGGAGACUGGAUUUGUCUAGGUCCUGCCACGUUUGCGCCGAUUCCGCUUUUCUUUGCCUCGUCAGGUUGUCGUUACUCUUGGCACCGAACUUGUCAAAGGCAUCAUUUGUGCAGUGGGUACAAUUUAUGUAAAUAACUGCCCUAAAAAUCACGGUUUUCACAAAGUGUUUCUCUCUCCCCCUGUAAUGCACUGAGAAUUUCAGUUUUAUUCACUGAAAGUAAGCAGUCGAAAGUCCGUUUUUGAUUUCAUAUCUAUCUGACUCCCGAGUCUCACCCCCUCACCUCCACACCCACCCCUUAUUUUUAUUUUGCCUUCAUCCCUUUUCAAUUUUCCGUUUCUGAUUCAGUUAGAAAUAACUGACCUAAGCAGGACCCUUCUGAGGAAGUAGCCGUGCUUCUUCAGCGGCUUCCCCAGCCAUGCUCUAGUUUGGAUGCAUCUCUCUCUCUCUCUCUCUCUCUCUCUCUCUCUCUCUCCCUCCCUCCCUGCAGGAUGCAAAGAACAGGAGCUCAUCCCAUUUUUUUCCCCCCUUCCUCCUGUGACAGGCCGGCUCGCUCACCGUGUAGCGCCUGGCUAGGUUAUGUUUGCCGCGAUGGGAUGGCUUUCUGGAUUUUAUCCUCCUGCUGUUGUGACUCCCUGAGCAUGGGCUGGUGACUGCGUGUGCCUCCUAUGGAGCCCCCCCACCCCCCCCCCCCAAAGGGCUCCUCUGGUGUCCGUGUUCCGAAGGGACUUCCGGUUCACUCGUCUUUGCAGAAUGAUUCCACCAUGAUAUUUUGAAGUUGUACAUCCAUCGAUCACCUACUUUGAAGAUGCAUUCUUUGACGGGGUUAUUUUAUUUAUAUUAGCAUAUUUGUAACGUACUUUUAUAUAAAUGUAAACGUCACAAACCUUGCAGUCACUUAAUUUACAUGCAGAUUGCUCUAUCUGAUCUGUCAAUCUUUUCAUUUAUCACAAUAAACCGUUGAUUUUGGUAUUGUUUUGUAAGGUAAUAAAUGUAUUUGAAAGGGUA